CGCGUCAGGAGCAACCCGAAAGCGCGCCUGCGAGCAGGCAGAAGUGCCCUCCAACGCGAGUCAGCCGGCAAGAAUUGAAACAAGCAAGCAGAAUGUCGAGGCAUAUAUCUGUCACAAUUAGACGAGAAGAUGGAUGGAGCAAUUGUUCUGGUUUUGCCUUCACGUUGUGCGAGUCGUCACAGCCGGUCAAUGCAUCAUGACGGCUACAAACCCACUAGCAGGCCACUUUCAACAACCGACAAUGUCGACCCAACAGCACAAUGUCUUUAUGCAAUUCGACCUGGCUGACACGGAGAGCACGACGCGCUCGCCGAACCAUGAAGACACAGACGAGUACAGCGACUUUGGGGAAGAUCCUGAAGCGCUCGAAAUAAUCGACCAACUCCUCCUCGAAGCCGUGGGCAAAUCGAGGCAGGAACAGAAACGUGCGCCCCUGGUCGUAACAGAUAUUGAAGACUAUGAAGCACCUCGAGGCAUUCGCCUGCCUAAAGUGCUUGGUCUCGAGGCAACACGUCAAUGGAACCUCGAGACUCGGUCUGUUGAGGGCUUCCUGGUCGAGAACGUAUGCGACCAAAAUCCAUCACAGAGACCAUCUUCUGCCCAUGAAGAGGAUGUAAGGACGAAAAAGGAGGCAUCUCCACGACCUACGCAAGCCAAAGAAGAUGCUCAGCUGCAACAGCAACCCUCCAAGUCAGACACUCGCUCUCCCCUGGAACGGUUCCGUAAACCCCCCAUGAAAGCCCUCUCCGUCACCGACCUGAUCUCUCCCGCAUGGUGCGAGCUACAGUAUUACUAUGUCUUGACCAAACACGGCCGGAAAAGGCGGACACCAGCAAUGAAACAAGGCAGUGCUGUCCACCAGGCAUUGGAAGAUGAGAUACACGUCACCGUCCCUGUGGAGGUCACCAAGAGGGAAGACAGUUGGGGACUUCGAAUAUGGAACAUCAUUCAAGGGUUAAAGACGCUCAGAGAGAAGGGAAAAACGAGGGAGUUGGAGAUCUGGGGAUCAGUCGGCGGGGAGCUCGUCAACGGAGUCAUUGACGAGUUGAGCUAUGAAUGCCCUGACCCCAAGCUCGAGGACAUGAGUCGAAGUCUGCUGGAAAAGGAGGAUGUUGAGCCUCCGCCACCAGAAUAUCAGGCCAGUAUUCGGGACUACCUUGUGACGAACGAGACACGACAUCAGGGCCAGUCGCUGUCGGAGGCUCUGAGGGACGGCAACGAUGUCGGCAGAGAGACCGGUAGCAGGUCUACUGCGCGCAGGACAAGGGAGUCAGAGCAAGACGACGAGAGGAGAAUCUACAUCAUCGACGUGAAGACACGAGGCACUCCCACUCUACCUACAGGGUCAGCCAUUCGACCGACCCUAGUCCAACUGCACCUCUACCAUCACAUGCUGGAAAAUAUGGCACAGGGACAAUUCCCCCUCUCCCAGCUGGCGGAGAGGUAUAAGUUUGACAUCCACGAGACAUUCUCUGACGCGUUUAUUGCGCAAAUUGGGGGGUUGAACCAAGAAGUCUUUGAAUUAUCACAACAGAGUGACGAUGUCAGGCAGGAACUGCCGCCAUCGACGCAGGACUCCAUGGAUAUUCUUCUUCAGCACAACACCUUGGCUAGUUUGUGGGAUUUCAUGAUGGAGCAGUAUCGAAUGACGUUCAUCAUCCCUUCGAGUUCGACUUCUGCGCCUGCUCCGCCUAUUACCAACUCUUUUGAUCGAAAUCAAGAUGCUAGUGUUCCACCACCUUCCUCCCUCUCAGCCCUUGCUACGCCGCCGUCUCAACCAACACGACUCUCCCCUAUCCUCACAGCACGUUACAUUUCCACAAAUUACAAGCACCACGGCAGCGCAGAAGCUCAAUCGCACAUCCUAGGAAGCAAAUCCAUCCUCUUCAACCCCGCGUUCCUCACCUCUUCCCUCUACUCAUCUUUAGCUUUCUGGAAGGGCGAGCGGGAGCCGCGUGGCGUGGGAGUCAUGGAUGCCUGGAAGUGUCGCAUUUGCGAGUUUCGAGAUGAGUGCGCCUGGAUCAAAGAGCGGGACGAGAACAUGGUCAAAGAAGCCCGGGAACGGAGGAGGCUGAAGGAAGAACUCGACGAGGGACAAGCAGGAGUGGGCAGGAGGAGUUUGAUCUGAGUGAGAGGUAGCGAUACAGGAAUAUGGCGUAUAUCGCGACGUGCUUCCCAGAAAUUCGAGGAAUGAACUGGUGGCCCAGUGUGUGUUUGAGCCAUGCUCCCCAAAGCUGGCAUCGACGUGAGAUCAUGACUUUGGAAAGGCCCUGUGAACAUGAAAUUCACCAACAAGUUUCACAGAGAGCGGAUUACUUGCAAUAUUUCUGACAGCAUUCAACUUGGCAUAGUUAUCCUUUUUUUUGGUAAGAGGCCAUCAGAAGCCACUCUUGAAGAUGGACCGAUAUAUACCGCUAAGAAAUUGC